CGGUGGAAAGUGGAAAGAGGAAAGGCUGCAGUGCAGCUAGCACGCUUCGCUGACUGCGCGACAGCAGAACGCCAGUCAAGCGCCAAAAACCAUUAGCGUAGAACCCCAUUUCCAUUAUUUCCAGCUGGAGCGGCACAAGAAAGCAAUUUUCUGGUAGCAGAAAGCCCCAAGAAACGCGAAUAAUUGGCUAGAAGUUCAGAAAGACAGCAGCGACAAUUAGCCGGAAUCAUCGGAAUGGAGCUGAAAGUUUGGGUCGAGGGCAUUCAGAGGAUAGUUUGCGGCGUUACAGUGAACACCACAUGUCAGGAUGUGGUCUUUGCCUUGGCCCAUGCCACUGGGAAAGUCGGAAGAUUCACUUUAAUCGAAAGGUGGCGCAACAACGAACGUCAUUUGGCCCCCAAUGAGAAUCCCAUGAAGCUGCUGCUCAAAUGGGGCGAGUAUGCAAAUGAUGUGCAGUUUAUAUUACAAAGAUCCGAGAACAAAACGCAGCAGCAACAACAGCAGCAGCAGCAAAACAACAAUAAUAAUAAUAACAACAACUAUGCUGUGAUGACAACGAAAAAGCCGCUGGGCCCAAACAAUAAUAACAAUAAUAAGCCAGCGCCCACUUUGCAAAAGCAAAAGUCGAACGUCGAACUCAGCUACCGCACAAAGGAAUUGAAAAAGAGUUUUAGCGGCUAUGAUGCCAAACAGUUUGACAACAUUGGAAUUGUCAAGGGGAUUCCCCAGCAGCAGCAACCACCGACUUCAGGGGCUCCGGUGAGCCCACCAGUUGUUCCACAGGAGCAUGAUAACAACAAUGCAGCACCUUUAGUGCCCAAACACGAAAAGUCGCUAUCAAAUCCACUGGAAAUGACCAGCACGGGCAUCAGCAAUCCAACAGAAUCGACAGCAAAUGGCUACAACGAUUUCUACAACAAUAAUAGCAACAGCAACCAGCAUAUCUACAGCCAGCUGAGCAAAUCCAGCAAUGAACUCCGACGUUCCAGUCCCAACGAGAUGUACUACACAAACAAUAAUAACAAUAAUAUCAACAACAAUAAUAAUAAUAACUCACCGGAGCUGUACAAGCAAACGCCGACGAUUUCCGCGAAUGGAGCCCUAGUCCCACCUCCAUAUCGUGAUCCACCGCCGCCAAGGAACAGCCCCAUGUGCCAGGGACUUCAGGGACGUUUGCCCAGCAGCAAUGCGGACACCAUGUCCAAUGCCUCCUCCUCGACGAAUCCGUUCCUCAGCGACUACGAUCAGCACAGCAAUCACAACAAUAACAGCAUUAACAACAAUAGCCAGGCCAUGGAGGAGGGCGAGACCAUGUUCCAGGCCACGCAAUACAACGAUUUGUUGCAGCUCAUCAAGUUUCAGCGGGAGAAGAUUACGGCCCAGCAAAUGGAAUUGCAAAAGUUCGAUACGGAAAUAGUAUAUUUGGAGAGCAAAGAACGCGACCACGCCCACGAGCUGGAGGCCAUUUCGCGCGAGAUCUCCAAGGCGGAUCAAAUCUUUCGGCAGGGCAGCGAACAGCUGCAGACUCUGCAGUAUGUGGAGGAGGAAAACGAAUUGGUCAAGCAGCAGGAGAAGACGCUCAAGUCGGAGAUAGCUCUGCUGCGAUCCAAGUUAGCCAAUUGCGAGACUGAGCUGCUGCAAUGCAAGAACAAGAUGCGCUUGCUGAUGGAUGACAUUGAAAUGGAGCAGCAACAGCAGCAGCAGACCAAUCGACAAACUGUGGAGCGUGACUUCCUAAUGGAAAUGGAGCGGAUACAGAGCGAAAUCGAUCAGGCGCUGCACAACACCGACACUUCGAACAAGUCGGCCGAGGGCCUGAAGAAGGAGCUGCUGAUGAUCGAGCACGCGAUUGCCGAGAAAAAGCGGCAGGUGGAGCAGCUGGUCAACGAAAUGAAGGAGGUGAACUUGCAAAGUCUGACUGUUACCACCACGGAGGAGAUCAAGCACCUGUUGGAGGGGCCCAAUAAGCAGGGCAGCAGUCGGCGGAUCAUCGGAUCGCCCAGGCAACUAGAAACGGCUGUUCCAACCAGUAAAAAUCCUCACGGCGUCUGGGUUUAAGUCGCACUCCGUACUCCCUAGGCGUCGAAACUAUUUUUCUAGACAUUUUCCUCCUCCAACAAAUAAUCUUUUUGGGAACAAAAUUGAUGAACAUAUCUUGAAUGCAUAAUGGAGUUGAUAUGAAACGGAUUCCAUAUGAAUAUCACAAUUUUACAAAAUAUUCUCUACAAAUUUACAAUGAUUAACGUGCUUAAUUGCGUUACAGUAUGUUUACACUCCAACCACACACUCUAUGGAUCUCUUAAUGCAAUGAUAAAUGUUACAAAUUCGUAAACACUUCCCACACAUGUCUCCACAUUCCGCACACUGCACUUUGUAUUUUAAUGUAGUUAAUGAGUCCAUAAUGCCCCUAAUUUUAAUUUUGUGUGCUAUAUACUUUUGUUUAAUUUUUGUUGCUAGUCUACAUGUUAACAAAAACCCUUUUCAAUCUCUACAAUUCGCCAUUAGUUGUUAAUUUAACAAUGAACUUUAAUUGUUGCAAUAACUCAAGAGUAUCGUAACUUGAAACGCCUUUUAAACAUUUAAGUAGUGCACUUAGUGAUUUGUCUCCCACUGAAUUAUUCAUUAUAGAAUUCACAAUUCGAAUUACACAAAACUUAUUGUACUUAGCAAUUAGCGCAGCUUUAACAAACGAAUUACAAAUUAGCAAUGCUUUGUUAAAAAGUUUCACUUCUAAAGUGCUUAGCCUUAGCCACCGGAUAUCGAAACAUAGGCCCGAAAGGUGUCACGCAUUAGUAUAUGCUCCUUAUUUGGUAGGUUUAACGGAUAAAAAACUAAAAGACAACCAAUAAGACGCGUUUGUGAAUUAUGUUUUUAAUUAGCAAUACUUACUAUUUACACAAAUUGAUAGUGAAACACAAAAACACCAACCGAAAUGCAAUUUAUUGAAUAAUAUACAUUACUAUUAACUUUAAACUAAAAAGGUUUUAGAACAAAUUCUAAUUGCAUUAUAUCUAAUUAGCUAAUAAAUGCAUUUUUAUGAUUUAUUUCUUU